AUGGAAGUGCCAAUUAUUGGGAGAUUAAAUUACAGAGAUUAUCAGACAUUAAUCAUCACUAUUGUUUUUUUAUUUUUUGAAAAAUUACUUCGUGUUGUAACUUAUUUAUUACCUAAUGCAGGAGUAAAAUAUUUUAGAGAUGAAAGUCAACGAUUAUUUUCGAUGAUAUAUAAAGAUGAAAGAACAUUACCAGUGAAAAUACUUCAACAUGCGGAAAGUUUCCAAGAGUUAGCAAAUUAUUGGGGCUAUCCAGUUGAAGAACAUAUAGUGAAAACAAAAGAUAAUUAUAUAUUGGGAGUUCAAAGAAUUCCUCAUGGGAAACAACCAUCUGCCACUUUUGCAUUAAAUCCAACUCAACAGCAAGACCCUAGUAUAGAAACCAUAUUUAAGAAUAAUGGAAUUUCAUUAUCAGCAAUUAGAAAGGAUCCGAAUGAAAUAAAGAUAAAGAAUAAAGCAAACUCUUCUGAAUCAUCGUCUCAAAAAAAAAAAUACAUUAAACCCGUUGUACUACUUUAUCAUGGAUUGAUGACUUGUAGUGAGCUUUGGAUUUGUAAUGUAGAAUAUGAAAAUAGAUUGGCCUGUUUAUUAGCUGAUGCAGGAUACGAUGUGUGGUUUGGUAAUAUUAGAGGUAAUAAGUAUUCAAUGAAGCAUACUAAAUUUGAUCCAAGUGAAAGACAAUUUUGGGAAUAUUCGAUGGAUGAAAUGGCUUUAUACGAUUUACCAGAUACUAUUGAUUACAUCUUGGAAGUAACGGGAGCACCUUCACUAGCAUAUAUUGGAUUUUCUCAAGGAACAGCUCAAUGUUUUGCUGCACUAUCAAUUAAUCCAACUUUAAACAAUAAAGUAAACUUAUUUAUAGCGUUGGCCCCAGCGACAAGUCCAAAAGGACUGAGAAAUCCAGUUGUUGAUGCGUUAAUGAAAUCAUCACCAAAUGUAAUAUAUUUAUUUUUCGGUCGUAAAGCGGUAUUAGCAAUGGCAUUGUUCUGGCAAAAUGUAUUAUCACCACCUAUUUUUACUAAAAUUAUCGAUUUGGCUCUAAGAUUUUUAUUUGGUUGGAAUUGUAAAAAUAUCAGUGAAACACAAAAGGCUAUUGGUUAUUAUCAUUUAUAUAGUUAUUCAAGUACCAAAAGUUUGGUUCACUGGUUUCAAAUUAUUGGUUCGAGAAAAUUUCAAAUGUUCAAUGAUUCGCCACCUUAUUCUUACACUUCAACUUCAUUAGGUUACUCUUGUCAAAAAUUCCCUACGUUGCAAAUUACUACACCUAUAGCCAUAUUUUAUGGUGGUAGAGAUAGUUUAGGUGAUAUGAAUAUGUUAUUAAAACAAAUUCCCGCUCCUGUUCUUGUAAGAGAAGUCUUGGAUUAUGAACAUUUAGAUUUUCUUUGGGCUACUGAUGUACAUCAAAAAAUUUUUCCAGAGAUAUUUGAUCUAUUGCUACAUUAUAAUGUACAUGAAAAUACCCAUCAUGAUCAUCAUCAAGACGACGAUGAUGAUAUUAUUGAACAAGAUGAAGUUUGA